AGCAUGGACAUGUGCAAUCAGAAGGUGUGCAGUUAAUUGCCAUUUUGACUACAUGGCCCAUGAUGUCCGUGUGAAAGGAGUUCUAAAUGUCAACAACAAUCCUCCUGACAUGACUUUUGAAAUCAAGGGUUCCUUGGAAGGGCAGAUUAAGUACCUAUUCUUAAAUGGAUCCCUUUCUCCUGACUGUGAGCUGAAGUGCCUGGAGGCCCCAGAUACCACCAAUCCCUUGGAUACCACAACUCCCCAUACCACCACACCUCUGGAUACCACUACACCUCUGGAUACCACUACACCCCAGAGUGCUGUCACUUCCCCAAAUAGUUUCAAGUCUGCACGACUCUCAACUGCUCAAGUCAUAACAAUUAUGUCAGCCAUCCUGCUGCCAAUAGCUAUUUUCGUUAUGAUCAUAGUCUAUGGCUACUACAGAAUGCAUCAACAGGCGAAGAACACAGCAGCCAUGUCAUCAGGUAACAAUGGCAUUGAAAGUGGAAGACCUGAAGCGGAUGGAGACAAUGAAAGGUCCGAAAUCCAGGUCGAUGGAGGUGAAUAUUGUCACGGAGAAGUCAAGAGCCAAAUGACCACCCAAGAGCCACAGAGAAGACCGAAGGACUCAUUGCCUAUUCGGUCUCCUCUCCAGAGGUCUCCUCUGCCAAUAGACCAAGGAAGGGCCACUGCUAGUUCAAUGACAGAGAGAGGCAUAUCAUCUGGGGCUGAGGGGAACGCAGAGGAGCCAUUUGCCCCCACCCCCCAACUUGUAAGAAGAAGCAAAAGGAAGAAAAAGUCACAUGAAAUCCAUGAGAACAGUGUACAAGAAUCCCCGGACUGCCCCAUUUCCUCCACCCAGGCUUCACUUAUGCCAUCAGAUGAAGGAGCAGCAGUGGAGGAAUCCAGGGAUUCACACCCCUCGCCUUCAUGA